AUGCUUCGGUGUCACCUCCUCUGUGAGGCGAGUUGGCUCACCCCCCUGUUUGAAAACUCCGGUGAUGAACUCCUGACUGCCAGCAGGAUGACCUUUACCCGUCGGAGCUUGAAACCCGAGGUCCAGGCUGCCAGCCCCAUCCCUUCCGGCUCCUUACUCCCUUACCCCAGCCUCUCCCAACCUCUCACCUUCUGCUUGGAUUUCCCCUCCUCCCUAAAGCCACCCCUGAUCUCCCCGAGGAGCCCCCUCUCUGGGCUGCUGAGCCUUCUGCCUGCGCCCCCUUUACAGUCUUCGCCAAGUGGUCUUUUGGUUAGGAGGCAGGAGAGUGGACGACUGGAGUGA